AUGGGAGACCAUCUCUGUGCUGGUCCAACGGCAGAAUUGUCACCACCUUUGGAUUCAAUCGAUGAAUUUGAGAGCCAAUUCUCCAAACCGCCUUAUCCUAAACAUGGCACACCACCUCCCGUAGAGACAGGUUCGAUGGGCCAAACAUACAUGCAUCGUGGUCAACUGACCCCCGUAAGUCAGCCGAGUGAAUCGCGGGAUGCGUCCCCAGUAUACCCCAACAGGCGCGAGAGUUCACGCAGGGCCCAUGAAUCCUUCGGCUCUAGGCAACCUAUUGAUGCCAGGUGGGAGACGCCAAUGUCUGCCAACCCAUCUACACGAUCGGGAGGGUAUGGAGGAUUCGAAGAAACAAACAGAGAAAACUUUGAUAAGCCAUUAAGCGGAGGAUUUAUGGCUAGGAUGAAUACCUCUGUUCCAGGCCCGUUUGAUCCUAUGAGAGCCAAGAACUCAUAUCCUCAGCGAAACGACUCACUCGAAAAGUUGGUUCCUUCAGAAGAGCCACUGCCGCCGAGACAGCCCCGAAAGGAUGGAUAUGGGGGAUUUGGAGCCCCAAAGAAUCUGGACUCAAACGGUUCGGCGACGCUUAGCCGGUCCGAAACAUAUCCCAAGCUUUCUCCAACAACAAAUUACUUCCAGACACAGCGGGUAACUUCAGCGCCAGGGUCUCAUCCCGAGCGCUUACGCACCGGAGGAGGCCAUGGACACGAGUAUAAGAGGUCGAUAGGCCCGGAUACCUCACGCAAGCCUCCUCCUCGCACAAGCUUGCUGCCAGAAUACAGCCUGAGAAACGCGGGCUCCGUUGAUCUGGCCGCAGAAUUUGGAAUCGGGAAUCCAUACCAUACGCCAUCCGAUUCAGCAUCAUCCGUCGGAUAUUCCGACUCUAGCCGCGCAAGCCGAAGCACUGCCGUAACGAGCCCAACUAGCUCAGAAAUCUAUCAAGCUGACCAAAACCGCGACAUGAAUGAAGCCGGGUUCUCGACGGACAAGCUUAAGCCCAAAGACUUGCGCAUCGAUCCAUUUGCAGCUGCUUCACGGACACGUUCUCCGCGAAUGGUCGAGUCCCCGUAUGGUCUCUCUCCAACCACCCAGUUUGACGGUGCGUUAGGGAACGACCCACGACGACCCCCUUCUAGAGCAGGAUAUAGUACCUCUCCGACUCAAGAUAGCAAUUACACGCCGGCGGGUUUCAGAAACGACCAUGGACUAACGGAACAUACUUCUCCGCAACGGCAGCAUACUUGGGAACGACAGGGUUCUCCCAAGAGGCUGGCGUUUCCAUCUCGGGGUGACUGCAAGUCGUGUGGACUAGCCAUUCAGGGCAAGAGCAUUUCCUCAGCCGACGGUAGAUUAACUGGCAAGUACCACAAGGCUUGCUUUGUUUGCACCACUUGUGCCGAGCCAUUUUCGUCGUCCGUCUUUUACGUUCUCGGCGACAAACCCUAUUGCGAGCAGCACUACCACGAACUCAACGGCAGUCUCUGUGGCGAUUGCGGACGUGGUAUUGAAGGACAAUACCUUGAGGAUGAGGCGAGGGUCAAAUACCACGUCGGCUGUUUUCGAUGCUUGGACUGCGGCGUAUCUCUGUCGCAAGGGUACUUUGAGGUUGACGGCCGCUCUUAUUGUGAGCGAGAUGCGUGGCAACGCGUACAACCAGCGGCGUCUUUAGAGCCAGAGCCAUAUCGACGCGGACCGCCUCGUGGCGCCGUUGGCACUCGAAUUCCACAGGGACUUCCGGCGCGUCCAGCACCUCGUCUUGGACAAGGAGGAAGACCUCUUCCACCGCCGCCCAACGGUAUUCCGAAUGGAGGACGUCUCGGGGUUGGUGCAGGUCAACAGUUCAAAAUGAACAAGCGCAUGACGCGCUUAGGCAACAUGAACCUGUGA